CGCCUCUCCUGGACCGUCGACCCUCCUCACCACGACCUUGCGCCAUUCCGCAAACGGGACAUGUCACCAGACACGGCCAGGAUCGCGCGUCGCCGUCGCCGCCGUCGCGGUUCCGCGAGACACUCCCCACUAGACCGGACUCGGACCUGAGGAAUGCAGAGUUUGGGAGCGUGUUCCUGCCCAUUCGGACCGUCCGUCGCUCGAUUGGCCUCUCCUUCUCUCGCGCCCCUGCGUGAACGAGUUCUGAGGCUCCAUCACGGCGCUUGUCUUCGCUCCUCAACGGAUAAUGGCGACGGUCCUGGUGUCCACGCUCCACGGGGCUCCAUCUUUCAGCUGGCCCAGGGUUUUCUUGGUACCUGUGCCUGGACGACUUGCACGAAGCCUGCAGUCGAGCGACACCGAUGACCGCAGCCGCCCGCGACUUGGACGUCUGGCCAGAUGACCUCCCCGAGUCCCUCUGUGAAGAUUUGCUGAGGCUAUGGACCUAGUGAUGUCGAUGAUGCUGGUAUGAACCGUCGUCAUUCCAUACUCGGUACAUAUGUCUGUGGCAUCAUACGCGAGUACUGCAGGGCUGAUCCAACCAGCCGAGAAGCAAGCACAGCACCGACCUGUCUCCAGGAGAGCUGACAUUCAUUCAUGCAUCCCAGCAGCGCUCCCGCCCCCACCCAUCUCAGACCAAUCUGACCUUCAGCACGCUCCUCGGCUCCAGCGACUUCGGUCAUAAGUGGGAAGGGGAGGUUACAUCAUGGGGCUCACUGACUGAAUUGACACUGGCACCAACAACGACAACUACCGGGGUUCAUUGGACGCGUGACCGAAACUUUAAGGGCUGGUGGCAGCCAGGCUCCAACAAGGGCCAAAGAACCCUUCCUUGCUUGACUUUCUCAUUCGCCAAGUUUCAGUACACAAUCUCUGGCCACCAGAAUCCUGGCCAUAAUGCAUCCGCAUGGCCGGCAGAUGCGCGGUCAAUUCGAAGAAAAGGCCCUCGGCCCAGUCUCAGGAGCAUGUCAACCGCCCUAGAGCAUCCGAAGAUGGCCACCGCGCUCGGGCUGCUCAGCCUUCCGCCAUGGUUGUCAAACGAGAUGGUGAGACACUGCCCCAUGAAGUGGAGGUGGAUCAUCUGAAUGCGUUCGAAAGUCGACAUGUUGAGGACACCGCCCCGUGGAGGAGAAGGAUGAUCAGCUGAAUGCGUCCGAAUCUAGUAAAUCUACCAGUUUCUGACCAUGGCUUCUGCCUGUUCUGUGGAUCGCCUCAGCGGUACGUGAUUGGUCUGCGGAGACCUCGGUGACGGUGUGGUCACGAUGAAAUCUUUCGAGACAUCUGGCAGGUCGUGGGUGGGUGACAACCCCUUCGACGUACGGAAUACACUGCUAGGAAAAGCUGACGGAGGCAGAUCGAUGGUUUCCGGACCAAAACAGGGGUGACCCCGGCGGUGUAUGACCACAAUGGCGAAGACGUGGUCCUGGCACUUGUGUUCGGAUGGGCCGCUCUCUUUCUCCGAUCCGUAGUGAGAUUUGAAAUCCCUCCCCUCAGUUUUGCAAUCAUGCUCUGUCCCCCUUCGAACGUCAAGCGGCCGUACGGCCUAUAUCAGGGAGAUCUUUCCAAUAUUUCCUUGCCGGGACCACCUCUCCUUCGCGCUCCACGGUCUCGGGCCCUCGAGAGACACAAAUCUCUGUACCCCACUACUUUCCCACUUGUUCUCCGUAUGGACAACGUUAUCUUCGAAGACCCUUCCAAACCUCGGGUACGCCCUCAGCGACACGUGCAUGUCGAGCCGGCCAGCUCCGGUGUUUGUCAAUCCUCGUCAAUCCGAGAAUGCAUCAACGAGGUUCAGCCGCCAGAUGUCGCACCGAUAUCUAAUAUACGGCUAUAGCAACAUUCUCACACGGCCUCCACAGGUCAUUCUGAGCCGAUAUGCCUGGAGGGCCGGCACUCCGAAAUCUCAAUCAAUGAAAUGUGGCGGAGCUCUCUACACGACAGUCUGGGUGAAGGGCGCAUUUCAGGAGCCACUUCCCUCCACGAGAACUUCUCUCUUGCUCAGAGUGACGACGAUAGUCUGGCUGAAGGUCUCGGCGACGAUUUAGACAGUCUUUUUUCCGGUGUUCCGCCGGAUUUGGAGCUUUCUAGAGACUUCCUGUCCGACGAAGAGCUCGACAGCCUCACCCAGAACGACAGCUCACAGGGAAUUCAGACUCGCGGCAACUUCAUCAUUAUUUCACCAGGCGACGGUGCUGCCCCUGCCAGUAAUCCUAAGUUGUUGACUGACAUUGACGCUAUCGAUCUGACCACCCGGUCAAACGCCCCUCCGCCAAGGUUUCCAGGGCUAUCGUCUUCGCAGCGGUGCUUCUCACCAUCCUCGCGCGACAACCACCGGGUAGAGGUGGUGAUUCCUUCUCCUCGUCCCUCAGCAGCAGCAGAUCGAAAUACCUCCUGCGCUCAACUGGCGGAGGUUAUAGAAACAGCGGACGGAGUCGGGCGACGGAAGACAUCUCCGCGACCGGACGACCAUAUUGAACGUCUCAGCGGCCAGAAACGACAAAACAUGAGUGAGCCUGAUUUAUGCUUCCCAAACUCCCGUCGACGGCGUGUGGAAGCUGUAAAUAAUAAGACGCCAUCCAUCUCCCAUCGAACAUUAGUAGAAAGCUCUGCCUCUCAGACCUGUGGAACGAGAAAUCAGUUUCAACCGUUAGACUUCGAACAUGGAACUCUGCCAGUAGUUGGAGACCCCGACGCCACCCACGGACCGGACAGCGAGCAGGUCCUUAUCGGUCGCGGCGCAAAUUCAGACCGCGAAGAUGAAGUCGUACCUGAUCUUACCCUUGGCGUGCCUCCCACAACUCCUGCUGCGCUGGUUGAUAUCGACGAAUCCAUGAACCGCGACCACGAGCACGAGCGGCAACAAGGAGGAUGGAAAGGUAUGAACCUCCAACCUGUGACCGCGGCCGACGCUGCCUUCAUAACCGCCGUCAUCGACAGUCCAGCUGACCUUCAGGACUUCUGUAACUCACCUGCGACUUGGGCCCUUGGAUACGGUGUCCAACCGGCCAGCCUGACCAACAUUUCGGUCAAGCCGCUCGUCGACCGUUUGGGGGAGAUGUGAGGACGGAGGAAGAGGAGAGAGGACACGAACGGAAGACGAGGAAGAGAAGCAUUGUCGGGGGAUUCAGUUGACCCCGUUCAGCAACGUAGCAAGGCAUUCUCUUAGGGGUCCUACCUUUCAUCAGGGCCGAAACGGGCCUCAUAGACGUGAUCGGGUAAAGUUACCACGAGGCUGGAUGUGAGCGACAAUGGCGCCUGUAAGACUGGAGCCCAAAGGGGGCCAUCCCUGGCAGGCGAGCGAAGCACCGCAAGAGCGGCCCAGAGCCGUGAGGGAGCAUGCAGGAGCAUGGGGGAGCAGAAGGGAGUGGAAGGGGAGGACGAAAGAGAGGAAUGGAGUGGAAGAGAGCGGACGAGGGAGCGAAUCGACUAAAUAGUUGUUAGCGCGAGAGCAAAGCGGCGAGGGAUGAGUCAGCGAAAGAGUCGAGGGCGUCGACUUGUUCGGGGAUUAUAUAAUGUAUAUAUAUACCCCGAACUCUGCUUUAUCCUUUGCCAUUUUCGUUCAGGAAAGGGAGCGAGGCAGCUUUAAUUGGGCAUGUGACGGAGCCUCGAGGAUGCUGUAAUUGUACGGAGGACUUGUUUUGUUUUUGAGGGGUCCGGGAACCCGUCGAGCGCCGUCAGGCUAUAUACGAAGUACUUUCGAAGGCAUUCGAAGGGUUACAAUACAAUAGAGGCCUGGCAUUGUCAUUA